AUGGCAGACUGGAAGAAGGCUGGCAAAGACAAGGCAGAGGCAGUCCUCAGCUUGAUCCCAAAGGAAUGGCGUAUACCGACGAUUCCUUCGCCUGAAGAGCAGCGAGACAUCACUGGGCCAUACAUCCAGCAGUUCUUGGACAAGAAAGAGGUCGAGAUCACAGAGACAGAUGCCGUGGGUAUCGUCAAGAAUACUUCAGCAGGCGUGUGGACAGCUGUCGAGGUCGCGAAGGCCUUCUGUCACCGAGCAGCCAUUGCUCACCAGCUGUUGAACUGUCUGCAUGAGAUAUUCUUUGAUCAGGCGAUAGAAGAGGCGGAGAAGCUGGACAAGUACUAUGCGGAGCACAAGAAGCCUUUCGGUCUCCUACAUGGCCUGCCGGUGUCGUUGAAAGACCAAUUCCAUGUCAAGGGCGUGGAGACGUCGAUGGGAUAUGUCGGCUGGCUGGGGACUUUCCAGGGCAAGAAAGGCACGGGUAAAGAGAAGACAUUCGAGUCCGAGAUGGUGCGUGAGCUGCGUAGUCUCGGUGCGACACUCUUCUGCAAGACCAGUGUCCCGGCCACUCUUAUGGCUGGCGAGACUGUCAACAACAUCAUUGGCUACACAAUGAACCCAAAGAACAGGCUGCUUUCUUGCGGAGGUAGUUCAGGGGGUGAGGGUGCUUUGAUAGGGGCUCGUGGAAGUCCCGUAGGAUUUGGAACAGACAUUGGUGGAAGCAUUCGAAUCCCAGCUGGAUUCAACGGACUCUACGGCAUCCGGCCUUCCACUGGCAGACUACCGUACGAGGGCAUGGCAAACAGCAUGGACGGCCAGAACAGCGUAUUGAGCGUAGUUGGACCCAUCGCAACAACCCCUGAUGCUUUACGCCUUGUCACGCAAGCUCUCCUAAGCACAAGACCAUGGCUGCACGACCCACUCGUCCAUGAGAUUCCCUGGCGACCCGAAGCAGAACUCCCAGUGUCAGACCCCAUCCAACGCGCCUCCAACAAACUAUCCUUCGGCGUCCUCCGCCACGACGGCAACUGCACGGUCAUGCCACCCGUCGCCCGAGCCAUCGAAAUGGCCGUCAAAGCCGUCGAAAAGCAAGGCCACCAGGUCAUCGAGUGGAAGCCAACACCCAACCACCCCACGCUCGUCGACAUCUGCCUGAAAUGCUGGGGCUUCGAUGGCGGAGCUGACUGCCGCAAAGACUUCGCGCUUUCUGGUGAAGACAUGCCACAGCAAGUAAUUGUCGCCAACACACCCGAAGCGAACGCUUCAGACAUCAUGGCUGCGAACAUCGCCAAGCGCGAGGCCCAGAAGCAAUACAUGGAGUACUGGAACAGCACCGCGGAGUUGACCAACACCGGCAGACCCGUCGAUGCUAUCAUUGCUCCCAUGGCACCGUUCCCCGCGGCGAGACCGACCAAGUAUACGUACUAUGGCUAUUCGGUCUGGGUCAAUACUCUGGAUUAUACCAGCGCUGUUGUGCCAAUUACGAAUGUUGAUAAGAAUGUGGAUAAGAAACUGACUGACUUCAAGCCCGUGAGUGAGGUUGAUGAGAAGACGAUGGCUAAUUGCGACCCCGAAAUCUACGACGGCGCGCACGUCAGCAUUCAACUCGUCGGAAGACGACUGCAGGAAGAGAAGAUGCUCGCAUUGGCGAAGUACGUUGGCGAGGCGGUGAAGAGUUUGUAG